AUGUUUAAACGACCUGGAUCUGAGCCCUUCGAGAAGCAGCGGAUCUCUGGAUUGAACUCGCGGCGCAUGGACCAAGUGGGCCUCAAGCGGUUUGAGCCGUGCCCUGCAGGCUACACUUUCGUAGAUGCUGACGUCGGUGGUGGAGCCUUUGCGCGUGUUUUCCUUGUGCGCAACGAAGCCACCCAAGACCUGCAAGCCAUGAAACGAGUUGAUCGAGUGAAGCUCAGUAAGCAUUUCCAGAUCUCUGAUGCAGAAGCCGAGCAGAUGGUGGAGCAAGAGUUCUGGCAGAUGCAGCGAACAAAUCACCCUCAUAUCAUCAAGCUUUUUGACUUCUUUCAGGAUGAGCGCUAUGCGUACUUCAUUAUGGAGUCUGUCAAUGGUGGCACGCUGCGCCAACUCUUGACAACCCUCCACAGUGACAAAGGCUCGCGUAUCAGUGAAGGAUAUGUGGCUGAACUGUUGCACCAAGCGCUAUACGCACUGAGACAUUUGCACUUUGAAUCUCGCAUCCACAAAGAUGUGAAACUGGAAAACUUGAUGCUUUUGGCUCCGAGUGGCCCACCUCACUUGGUCUUGAUCGACUUGGGCGUGGCGGAGACCCUCCAGCCUCAGCAAGGUGAAGCGGGCCCAAUGCCUGCCGGCACACCUCAGACCAUGGCGCCUGAGGUCAUCGACUGUAUGCUGGGUAAGAGGGCCAGUUUCGACGACAAAUGCGACGUGUUCAGUUUGGGCAUUGUGGCGCAUCAGCUGUUCACAGGGGAAGUGCCAUACAAAGUGGCUUACACUGGCGGAAAGUCUUAUGGCCCUGUGGACUACGAGAAAACACGCGCCAAUAUGGAGGAAGCCGAGCUCACGGGGCAACUGAAGGUCUCUGAAGGCGCUUUGGAUUUCAUCAAACGGAUGUUGCAGCUGGAUCCUGAGAAGCGGCCGAGCAGCCUGGAGUGUUUAGAGCACCCCUGGUUGGUGAACUGCUGCGAGCGUCGGCGGAUCCGCAGACUUCGAGCAGAGGGGCGCACCUCCUUGGGAGGUGCUUCCUUGUCGAUCGAGGCUGACCAAGCUGCAGGAGAAGAGUUGUUGUGGAUGGAGAGGCGGCGAGUUUGUAAAGCACUGGUGCGUUUUGCAAAGCGGACCCCUUUGCAGCGGGCUGUGGCCUACCACCUGGCUGCCUACCUCCCUGUGGGUGACUUGCGGAGAGCUGCUGACAGCUUCAAGCGAGUGGACCAGGCUAAGAGUGGCCACAUCUCUUAUGAUGAGAUUGCGAAAGCAUUAGAGGAUGUCCUUGGAAUUGACCGUGAGAAUGGUUUGCUGGUGGCAGCUGCCAUGGACACGGAUCACACAAGUCGAUUAGAUUUCCAGGAGUUUUCAGCGGCCUUAGCAAUGGUCUCCGGCGACCGAGAGCAGCGCCUCUUUGAUAAGUUGCUGGCGAAGUUGCAGAUCUCUCCGGAGCAGGACCUGACGUUUGAGGAGGUCCAUGCAGCAGUGGAGCAGGCCAUGAAGCAAGAGGUCACGAGAGAAGAGCUGGUGCACUGGCUGGGCAAGGUGGCCAAGCGACAGCAGAAAGAACUUUACGACAAUCCGGCUGGCAUCGUGUCGAAUGCUGAUUUCCGAAAGCUCUUCGGACAGCGGAGCCUCAGAUCAGCUCAAAGUCGAUGA